AUGACGACUCCGUUUCCUCUCUUACGCCUUCCAAGACUUGCACUGAUUCCAGUUUUUCAACAAAUGGAAACAAGUGAUGUAAUUGCCGUCUCGCUACUUUCCAGAAAAGCCAAUUAUUUGUCAAAAAUCUUUCGCAAAUUAUGUUCCAGUUCCAUGAAUCUGCUAGUAGGAAAAGAUCACCUUUAUAUUACAGUUUACUUGAGUAAUGGAAAAUCAGUGCCCCUCUAUUUCUACACAAAAGGAGUUCCACAUUUGGUCAAUGUAAUGUUUCAAGAAAAAACGUUUACUCACGAAAACACCGGAUUAACAGCAACACAAUGGUUCGAACGGGUUCUUGACGUGACGAAUUGUGAAUCGAUUGGUCAACUGGAUCUCUGUGGAUCUCCACAGCUAGAAAUGUGCGAUACUUUUGGUCAAGUGACAAAACUCCAUAAGUUAAUCAUCAUUUUCGGAUGUUCCUAUAAUUUUGCAAAGAAAUCUCUGGAAAUCCUUUCGGCGGUUACCACGGAAAUUUCACUGUCCCAAAUUCCUUUCGAGACCAGAGAAGAGUUCCAGACAUUUCUGAAGAGCAAUUUAAAGUAUUUAAAUAUUGAGACGAGUACUUUCCCGAAAUUCAAGUUCACUCUUGAUGAUCACGAAUGCACUGAAAUUGAAUCUUAA